ACGCCAUGCCAAAUUUGAUCCCCUAAUGCAGGAAGUCUAGAUGCAGGCAACCAAAUGACGUGCACAUGAUAGUUUUUUCCCUGUUUUUUCUCAACCAGACCCAACUAGAUCAAGCAUGCAAUUCAGGUAAAUUGUAGUUGACAACAAAACACGUCCAAAAGCUAUUCUGAUGUGUGUAUGCAGUUUAGGCUGUCACGAGACUUUAGAAUGCUACAGGAAUUAGAAACAUGGGAAUCAAGACGUUGUUUGGUUGCAGCUCAAGAAAUACACAGGAAUCUUCUACAGAUAUAUGCCGUCAUUUGGUUUGAAGGAUUGUCAUAAGAAAAACAUAGGAAUGGGGAUUCCAGAGGAACACUUCCUUGCAUCGGGUUUGUAGGAAAUGGGUACAUGAUUUUUUUUUAAUAACGAAACGGGUACAUGAAUUCCUUAAGAAUACUAUUCAUUUCCUGAGGUUUGUAGGAUAUUACACAUCCACUCAAAGCUAAUUAUUUUUGCGUAGAAACGAGGCAAUAUAAUAUUUCUGUACUGCUAUUUUUUACAUUUUGUUUUCCAACAAACCGAAUAAGCCCAUAGAGUGGAUGUGAUAGUUGUCAUAUUCAAAGGAAUUUUUCAUAGGAAUUUUGGAUCCUAUGACAUUGUAGUGUAGGAAAGCAUUCCAUUGGAAUUUUAGAGGAUCCAUUACUUUGAGCCAAAUGAACUCUAAAGAAAACAUUCAUAUGGAAUACAAAAUCCCUUUGAAAAUUCUUUGAACCAAAGACCCUUUAGGCUGAGGCGGCCGGAGCCAAUCUCAUGCGUUUCAACCAUCCAUCAGCAUGCGGCGUGCCAGAGUGCCACUCAAUGUUGCAUCCUAGUAUAUGGUCUUCCCGAUGGCCUUUCAAAUGAACCGUCGCUUUAUCUUCCCAAUUAAUGGAGCUAGCAUGCGCGCUGCUGCGCAUCGAGCAAAGCCCAAAAAUGACGGCAAGCAAUACAUCUUCGCAAGUUCCCCAUGAACUCAACGGCGCAUCAAUUGCGCUCAUAUUCCCCAUGAAGCCCAAGGUGCCUAACUGUGUGUAUAAAUACUACUGUUACGACCACCUUUCUGUAUCGCUCUCUCCAGCCUCCAUACUCCAGCUACUCCACACAAACUCAGGUCGAUCGAUGGCUCCCAAGGAGAGCUCCAGCAGCAAGCUAACCAUGAAGCUCCUGGUGAACUCCAAGACCCAGCGCGUUCUGUACGCGGAGGCCGGCAAGGACGUGGUCGACUUCCUCUUCUCCCUCCUCACCUUGCCGGUGGGCACGGUCGUCAAGCUUCUGAGCACCGACACCAUGGUCGGCAGCGUCGGCAACCUGUACGGCAGCGUGGAGAAGCUCGACGACACCUACAUCAGCCGUGACGACGCCAAGAAAGCCCUGCUCACCCCUGCUACGGGUUGUCAUGGAGGCAAGCUAGCUGCUCCAGCUUGA